AUGGCGGAGGACUGUGCGGGAGGGGCGGCGGGGGAGGACGAGUGCCCCCCGGUCAUCGUGUCGUGGGAGGGCUCGGCUGAUAUCCAGAUCGGAGACAUCCUUAUCGUCCGCAUCUCCGACUCCUUGCUGCUCGACACCUUCGGUCAGCAGAUCGAAAGGAACACCACUUUAGAUGUGAACGCUUCGCACAGCGAUAGGGAAAGGAAGCACUCAGUGCUUCAGCCAGCCGUGUACCAAGUGACGAGGCAGGGCCACGAGCACUGCGACGUGUCGGACGGCAUGUUGCUGGACAUCACGCCACUAGACGAGGGCGGCGCUAAACUCUUCACGCUCUACGACAAGGAUUUGGCUGAAGGCGUCAACUUACUGAUCGUCGUCUCCGAGAACUGGGGCUCGAAGUGUGUUCGAUUAAAAGUAACUGUCAAGUCGGACAACUGCGGAGACUCGCAGGAUUGUUCCGGGAAAGGCGUGUGCUACACCAACGUGUCGAUGGAAGGCUACGAGUGUCAGUGCUGUCCCGGGUCCGCCGGGCCGCACUGCGAGGAGCGGGACGCGUGCCAUCCAUCACCCUGCCUGAAUAACGGCGUUUGUGUCGAACUGUCACAGCCUCUCGACGGUGUCUACUAUACCUGCACCUGUCCAUAUGGUUUUUCUGGCAAGAGAUGCGAAAAAGAUCCUUGCUCGACAGCACCCUGUUUGAACGGGGGAUCUUGUAUGACCAUGGCCAUGAACGGGACUACGAUCUUCCACUGUGCCUGUGUCGACGGCUGGGCUGGUUCACGCUGCGAGCUGUCUGUAGCUGGCGACGCUUGCGCUUCUAACCCCUGCGUCAAAGGGAUCUGCAUAGAGCAAACAGAUAAUGACAUCGAGCCACAGCCCUACCGCUGCUUCUGUCAACCUGGCUACACUGGAGAGCGCUGCGAGCUAGAGUACAACGAGUGCGAAUCGUCACCGUGUGCGAACGGCGGCACAUGCAUCGACCGCGUAGCCGGCUUCGCGUGCGUGUGCGGUCGUGGGUACACUGGACACCUCUGCCAGCUAAAGGUGGACCUGUGCGCGCCCAACCCGUGCCCGCCGCGCCGCUACUGCAUGGACCGCGGCAACAAUUAUGUCUGCGAGUGUCCCCGCGGCUUUGUGGGCGACGAGUGCCAUAUACCUACUCGAUCUGCUUGCGACAACAACCCUUGCGCUCACGGUGGCACGUGCUGGAGCGGCGUCGACUCCUUUUACUGCUCCUGCCGCCCAGGCUACACCGGCAAGCUCUGUGAAGAGGACUUCAUCCUGGAGUCGGUGGUGAGCGACGAGAGCGGCAUGAGCGAAUCCCGCGGCGGGGGCUCGGUGCGCGAGGUGCGCCUGCCACUCGGCCUGUACCACGACCGCCUGCAUAACGUCUACAUCGCUGCCGGCACGCUGGGAGCGGCCAUAGCUAUCGUCGGUGUGGUGGUCACAGCAUGUCACUGUCGCGUGAACAAGACAUACUCUCGACUGCUGUCCCGGUUGUCCCGGGUAACCGAAUCCGGUCCUCCGCACCACUGGCUGCAGGACAAGCGCGCGCCCCCCCUCGCCGCGCCCUUCCCUCCCCCCUCCGCCUCCCUCGACACCACCGACAUGUAUUACACCCUCGACUUCAGCGACAGCCAGAGCUCCCCGCUCAUACAAUAGCAAUCACUUCAGAACUGCUCCGACGGGGAACGGUUCAGAAUUCAAAUCUAAACGCCAUUAUUGGGCUGCCAAAUAUUAACUUCUUGAUCCUAAUCUCAAAUGUGUCCCAACAAAAUCUCUUCUCUAAAAUAUCCGACGAACAAAUGAAGAAACAGUUUUCUCCAGGAAUGUUAGGUAAUAAUUAAAAUUAUGGUGUGAUUACUUUGUUUGAAAUCUAUCAUCACUUGUUGGGUUGCUGAUAAAAUUGCGGCUAGUUUAGUAGUUUAUCAAAAGAUAUGUAACUGAUUAAUUAGCAUUAUUUAGAAAUAAACAUUCAGUAAUAAAGUAUCAGCUGACUCACCACUACAAAGUAUGAUUCAGCGCAGCUUGCACGUAUGGUAAAUAAAAUUGUCGUUUGACUGGAUAAUUAAUGAUAUGACUCAUAUAAUUAAUCUUGGAUUAUAAUAAAGAACAAACAAAUAUUAAAUUCAAUAAACAUUUUAAAUAGUAGAAUUCUUCCAUUCCCAGAGCAUACUCGUAGAUAAAAAACAACAGCUUUUAAAUUUAACUAUGGACGUUACGUAGAGCUAGACGGAUAAAAGAGAUUCGAUAAGCUAUUACUUAGUAAGAUGUUAAGUUUGUUUGUAUUUGGUGUACAUUGUCAACGUACGCCCUUCUCUGAAAACUAUUUCGAUGUAUUCAGCUCUUCCUCUUUACUGGCUCUCGCAUUUCGCAUCAGGCCCGUAUUUUGAAAGACAAAUUCGAUUCAAACGUCAGGUUACUCUAAGAUCUACGGUGAUUGGUUGUUUUUUAGUACUUUGACGAUAGUUUAGUCUAUGCUUCAAUUUGAAUCUAAUUUUUAGUUACUUACGUAGCGUGCCUACGUUUCAUAAUACGAGCCAUAGAGUCAAACAGAGUAGACAUAUCGAAAUUUGGGCAUCCAGGUUACGAGCUGAUGUUAUACCUCGGAACUAAAUAUUAUUCACAGUAGUGUUAAUGAGAUUUUGGUGACUCUUAGAUGUUAGCAUUUAUUUUUUGUUGGGUUUUUGAAUAAUUAUGUAAAAUUGAUAGUGAUUUAUUAAAUGUAGAUGUCGGGUUAACCUUUGAAUGCCAAAUAUUAGCUUAGAGACUACAUUUUAUUCAUGAUCUUGUUGUUAUGUUAAGUUCGAAAUAUUAGAAGCCUCCAUGUAAUAAAUAAUUUAUUCAACUAAUAGACACCGAUAGAAACAAGUAAACUACAUAGCGAAAGUAAUCAAGUUAAAGGUCUUAGUGUUAUUAUCAUUGAGUAAAAGUUAAGAUUAAUUUCGACACUAAGUGCCUGUUGAUAAAAACUGGGAAAUCAAAUGGUUUUGUACGACUGUUGACGAUUUCAGCCAUCAGUAGAUAGAAUUACCUAAUUCUAAAUAAAUCUAUUAUUUUAAUCAAACUUCAAAGUAUGACUAAAUUUUAAGUUCUUAGACAUUUUCCGAACUAUCUUACUUGUUUUAAUGUGCGUCUGUCUCAAAUGCUUUCUUGUGGUUAAAUGAGUGUAGGUACUAUCUCAAAUCUUAUCUCCAUUAGUUAUUGGACGAUUGAAAAUUAAUAAGCUAUUUUUCUUAUGAAACUUAACUAUCUUGAUCUUAAUGCUUUCGCUAACUAAUAAAUAAAGCUUCUGAGUGUGUAAAUAUGUGAACAUUGUUAUCAUAAAGGUUUCAUUAAAACUAAUAAUGAGAGUUA